UCGUCAAGAGCAUUACAAUGGCGGAGCUUCUCGAGUCAGUCAUCCUCGGGGAUGGGAUUCAAUUGCGCAAUCGUAUUUGCAUGGGGUCCAUGAUGCGAAAUCGAUGCACCGAUGGAAAUAAGCCGACCCAUGCGAACAUCAAACAUCACACCGACCGAGCGCGGGACGGCGCCGGGCUUAUCGUCGCAGAGGGCACCUUUAUCAGCCUGAACGGUGCCGAAUGGCCCCACGCGCCUGUAAUGUACAACCAAGACCAUUCAGAUGCUUGGGCCGAGGUGACAAGCGAGGUGCACAAGGUUGGGGGAAAGAUUCUCUUCCAGCCAUGGCAUCCAGGACGCAUUCAGAAUGAUAAUAUGCCGAUGUUGAAAGAAUCAGGAUAUUCAGUAUAUGCACCAUCCAAGGUACCUGCCAAGGGCGGAAAAUAUCGUACAUUGGAGGAACUUCCGGGCCACACCGACAACAUCACCGAAAUUGAUGACCCGAGAGUCAUUGUCGGACAAUAUCGGCACUCUGUCAGCUUGGCCAAGUCUGCUAGAUUUGAUGGAAUUGAGCUACUAGCACACGGCGGGUAUCUUAUACACAACUUCCUGUGCUCACACUCGAAUACACGCAGUGACCAAUACGGUGUCCUCGAUGCCAUUAUUGAGGUCUGGGGAUCUCGAGCAGUCGGGAUCAAGAUCUGCCCUACAGAUGACUAUAAUGACACCAUGAUCUCAUACGAAGAAAUGAAAGAGACUUACACAUACUUCAUCAAGGAGCUAAUGUGUCGUGAUCUCGCGUUUAUCAACUUAUCGCGUCGAGGUUGUGAUGUGGGGCGCGAAACCGAUGACUAUUUCAGGUCCCGACCCAGGCCUCAAGGGAAAGAAUUGCCUCCAAAGUACGAGCCUCUGACGGACUUUGGCACUCUCAUCAAGUAUCCUAAAAGUCGCGCUAUGCUCAUGGUGAACCGCGAGUAUACGGUAGAGGAAGCAAGAGAUCUAUUACAAAGAGGGAAGAUCAACCUCGUGACAUUUGCACGGCCAUUUAUCUACAAUCCGGACCUCAUAAGCCGGAUUAAGAAAGGUGUUCCUCUUGCCUCGAACACUCGCGGUGGUAAAGUGAAAUAUGGACCGUUCGAGGAUCGAACCAGAAUUACAAUAAUUGGCCGCCAUUUGGAAGGGAGGGUGAGGCUAUCGCCGGUUAGACAGCCUGCUCCCAGUUCACGGAGUUAUCUCAUUAGCAGUGAUAACAAUAUAUGA